AUGGCGAAUCCCAUCCGCACGGCGCUCCAGUACGUGCUCGUCUACGGCUACACCAUCUUCGUCAUGCUGGGCAUGGGCGCCUCCAUCGACGUCGACAUCGUGGCCGAGGUCAAAAAGGCGCCCAAGGCCGUGCUCUGCGGCGUCGCGUCCCAGUACUGCUUCAUGCCCUUCGCCGCCUGGUCCCUGAGCCUGCUCUUCGACCUCGGCACGUCGGAGGCGCUGGCCGUGGUGCUCAUCGGCAUGUGCCCCGGCGGCGUGACGUCGACGCUCUUCACGUACCUGAGCCACGCGAACGUGACGCUGAGCCUCGUGAUGACGACCUGCUCGACGUUCGUCGCGCUGCUCAUGAUCCCGCUGCUCCUGUUCAUCUACGUGCGCCCGCCGCUCAUCUCCAAGGGCGAGGACGGCGCGGACGUGUCGUUCGCCGCGGUCAUCGUCACGCUGCUCGUCGCCACGGUGCCCGCCAUCGUCGGCUGGCGCCUCCGCCGCAGCAACCCGGAGCUCGGGGAGAAGGUCGAGAAGUUCGCCACGAAGCUCGGGUCCCUCCUGAUCUUCGGCGUGCUCGUCUUCGCGUUCGCGUGGCCGGGGCCGGGCGGCUACGGCAUGACGGCCAAGUGCUUCGCGGUCAUGGUCCUCAUGUGCCCCUGCGGGUUCCUCCUGGGCUACGGCUUCGGCCUCGCCUGCGGCAUGGACCAGAUCACCUGCCGCACGAUCUCCAUGGAGACGGGCAUCCAGCAGGUCGGCAUCGCGGGCGCGAUCGCGAUCCAGUCCUUCGAGGACGACCAGCUCGACCGCACGAUCGUCGUCAUGGUCAUGUUCGGCGUCGCGACGGUCAUCUUCGGCGCGCUCUGGGCGCUGAUCCUGCGCAAGGCCUUCGACCCGCCCGCGGCGAAGCUCGACCCGUCGGACGACAAAACCGUCGACCCGUCCGCGAUCGCGCUCGGCGACAAGGGCUUCGACGACCACGACGUCUGA